AGCCGCGCUGGCUCGGCCCCCUCUCCCCCGCGCCGCCCCGGGGCGCCCACCGAAGCUCACUCGAGCCGCCUGGCUCGCAUCCCGCGCGCCGCCCCCCAUGCGCGCGCCACCGCCGCGCCUCUGGCUGGCGGCUGGCGUCGCCGCCGCCUGCUGCGGGCGCGCUCGGGCCAGCGGCGCGGGAGCCGGCGACCCCCUGGACGGCGCCAGGCAGGCGGUGGCCGGCCGCCUCCGCCGCCUGCAGGCGCAGCAGGCCGUGGAGGCCGGGCCCGCCGCGCUGUGCGUGUCGCAGAAGGCCGAGUGCGCGAGGAACAUCGCCAGGACUCAGGCCGUCGAGGGCGAGAGGGCCCGGGCGGUGCGGGCGGCCGGCGGCGACGCGGACGGGUGCAUCUCGGGGGCCCUGAGCGUCGACAUGUACAGGCGCGAGAUGGAGGCGCUCGUCCGCGGCUGCGCGUCCGCCCCCGAGUCCCACGAGGCGCGCGCCCAGCGCAGGCAGGACCAGCUGGACGGCCUGCACGAGGCCCACCGCCUCCUGAGGUGACGCCGCGCUCGGCGGGGGCGGCGGAGACCCGGUGGACGAGGCCCGCCGCGAGGCUCACAACACAACAUCAGCAUCCUCGUCCUCAUCCUCAUCCUCAUCCUGCUCCUCAUCCUUCUGCUCCUCCUGCUC